UUUUUUUUUUUUUACAGUGAAUACCCUUGUAUGGCCUAUUCCAUGCAUUAAAGAUUGACAACAGUUUUUAUUAGGGAUAUAAAGAAGAAAAAAAUUAAAUAAGCGCCAGCCAAUGGCCGAUAAAAAAAGCACAACAAUAAUAACUUUAAGCAAAUCUUUCCCUUUUUCUCUCUUUUUUUUGUUUUUUGUUCCUCACUUUUGACGCAUGGAAUACGUUGGAAAAUUAGGAAGUCUAUUCACUUCUGUACAAAGUUUUUAUAAUGAAAUCAAUCCAGCCACAUUAUCUGGAGCUAUUGAUAUUGUUGUAGUCGAACAACCAGAUGGCGAGUUGGCUUGUUCGCCUUUUCACGUGAGAUUUGGUAAACUAUCAGUUCUGAUGCCACAAGAGAAAAAGGUCCAAAUCAAGGUUAAUGGAGAAGUAGUCCCAUAUGUUAUGAAAGUGGGAGAAGCAGGGGAAGCGUUUUUUGUGUUUGAAACAGAGCAUGAAGUUCCCAAAGAAUUUCAAACUUCACCUAUUAUGGAAGCAGUUUCUGAGAAGAGCGAUGAGGAACCACCUUAUCUUGAUAUUGGUGAAUCUAAAGAUUCCGUUAAAGAAGAAACUAAAAGCAGUAAUGAGGAUCAUUUUGAGGAAGACGAAGAAGAUGAUAAGAAUAAAGCACUAUUGCCUGCUGAAUUACAGUCUCCCAAGAUGAUCAUUGAUGAGCAGAUGGAUAAGGUAGUAACAAAGAUUCGAAAGGAAGAUCAACAGCCAGAGAUACCUACGCCUAAGAAUGAUGCUUAUCUAAUGGAAGAUGGUUCUACGUUACUCGAACGAAUCAUCCCAGAGGCAAUUACCACGACAACGGUUGCCAAAGAAAGGUUUAUUGUCCGACCAGCUCAAGGAGAUAUUUACAGCACAUACAUGGACGUAAUACACACAUCUGUACAUAAACGAAAUAAUGAUGAAAGUGAUAAAGAACAUGUCGAUAGCGGACAUAACAAUAGCAGCCGAGGAGAUGAAUCCAUCGUAUUGGAUAUCGCGGGUUAUAAAACAGGGGAAGAUAGCCAGGGCAACGAUGAUAUAAAUAAAAAGGAAAGAGAAGAAAUUCAGAAACUAUCAGAGAUAGCUGCCGUCGUGAGAGAAAUUAAGCAAGAAGAAGAGAGAGAAGAGGAAGAAGAGAAAAUGAAAAAGCAAGAAGAAGAAAGGGAAAUAGAAAGAGACCAAGUAAAAGAGGAUGUAAACGAAAAAGUAGACAGCGGCCACGGAGAAACACUUGAGCUAACGCCGGGACAAAGAUAUAGAAUUGAAAUGAGUUUAUGUGGAUUUUCUCAAUUUACAAAAGACGAGGAAGAAAACAAGAGAAUAUUUGAUAAAGAGAUGAUUACAUACGAUAACUUUACACAUAAUCCAAAUAUACUAAAUGAUAAACGACUGGUAUUUAGAUACAAUGGAAAGUACUAUUCAGCAGGCAGAACAGGACCAUUAUUUACGUCAUUGGUGAUGUAUACGGACGAGCAAGUGAGCGAACAAGAGGAACAAAAGAUGUCUGAUAGUAGAGAGUCGUAUCUAUUUGGUAGAGGUUGGAGACAAUGGCUUAGUAGAUCAUCUGUGGCAGCAGAAGAAAAGAAGAAUAAUGAAAAGAAGGAAGAGCAGGAUGAAAGUAACGUUGAUAGUAGUAACAGUGAUCAACAGAGUAAUAGUAAUGGUAGUAGUAGUAGCACUACCUUUACUACAACUAUGACAACAACGUCUGUUGGUUGGAAGAGUGAUCAUACGCAUCCUGAAGAGGAAGUACAAGAGAAUGUCACUUCAAGAAAAGUGUAUGCAAAAACACUAAGACUGACGUCAGAACAGUUGAAAAGCUUGAAUUUGAAAAGUGGCGCAAAUACCAUCACAUUUUCAGUGACAUCAGCCUACCAAGGCACAGCAACGUGUGCUGCGAAAGUGUUUUAUUGGAGACACGACUACCAGAUUGUUAUAUCAGACAUCGAUGGUACUAUAACCAAGUCUGAUGCACUAGGCCAUGUUUUUACAAUGAUUGGCAAAGAUUGGACACAUAUGGGGAUUGCAAAGCUAUACACAGACAUUGCCAAUAAUGGCUAUCACUUUUUGUAUUUAACCAGUAGAGCGAUUGGACAAGCCGAUUAUACAAGAGAUUACCUAAAGAAGGUGGUCCAAGAUAAAUAUCAGUUACCAGAUGGACCAGUGAUUAUGUCACCUGACAGACUAUUUACUUCAUUUCAUCGAGAAGUCAUCAUGAGGAAACCUGAAGUAUUCAAGAUGGCCUGCUUAAAGGAUAUUCAGAGAUUAUUUGAUGGCAAAGAUCCGUUUUAUGCAGGUUUCGGUAACAGAAUAACUGAUGCAAGAUCAUACCGAAGUGUCAAUGUGCCCUCAUCACGAAUAUUUACAAUUGAUCCUUAUGGCGAUUUAAAACUGGAGCUUCUUUCAGGCUUCAAAUCAUCAUAUAUCCAUCUGAAUGACUUGGUAGAUCAAAUAUUUCCACCUAUUACCAAAAACACAGGUGGUAAUAGUAUAGUGCUGAAUAACUAUAAUGAUUGGAACUACUGGAAAUCUCCUUUACCUGAUAUUGAUGAUAUACCUGAAUUAAGCCAACCUGUUCCAACCUCUCCAAAACCAAAACCAAUCAAGCCUGAUCCAUCUGCGCUGCCUCCAAAUACUGUUGUUUCCUCUAAUAGUACUUCAACUACAAGGCGGUUAUUAAGAAGCUUUACAUCAGCAUCAUCAUCUAAUUCAAAGGCUAACACAAAGUUACUACAGUCGAGCAACAGCACUCCAAAUCUGACAACGAAAUCAACUGAAUUAACUGAUCCUGUUAAUACGAAUACUACUACAACUACUAAUGUUAAUACUGCUAUUAAUGCCGUUCCUUCUGCUACAGCUAAUGAUACUAAUAUUACACCUGCCAUCUCAACAAAUACUAAUAAUAGUGCUGCCACAAAUACCACCGGUAAUUCUACACCAACCUCUAUAGAAAGCACAAGUCCAAGCAUUAUGAAUAAGAUGCUGUCAAGUGUAUCACGUACAUUCUUAUCAUCAAAUGAAAGUAGACCAAAAGAACAAGCAGAAGAAGUAGAGCAAGAGGAAGAAAAGGAUGUAGAUGAACUAUUAGAUAACCUUAAUAUGGAUGAGAUUCCAUUUAUUUAAAUAAAUUUCUUGUUCUUUUUCCAUUCUAAAUAACUCAAUGAAUGCAUCGGUCUAUCCUUCAUAGUCACAUUAACCGGUGGUCCAGAAAACCACAAAACAGGUCCAUCAGAUUGUCGUUUAUAUGAUGAAUCAAUGCUUGAUGUGUUAUCCUGCUGCUGUUGUUGUUGUUGUU